AUGGGGAGAGGAAGCUACAACUCAAAAGGCGUUGGAGAUAGUAGCCGGGGAAUAACAACGCUGAACUCUCAGCUUAGUUUCACUAGGCAAGAAGCUCUCUCUCAAAUAGCAGAGGAAAAUGAGGAUGUUGAAGGGACCAGUACAGACAAUGGCCAUCGAAAAUCAACACAUUCUUAUGCUACUGCAAGUAAUUUCGCAAUGGGUUCUUGGGAAGACAACAAUUCUAUAAUGUUCUCUGUCGCACCGAGCAAACGAGCCAAGCUCAUUAGCAAUGACAUUGCCAAUGGGCUCGAUGAAGGGGAAACUCAGUUUCAGUUUGGCUUGUCUCAGACAGCACUAGAAAUGGCGUCUAUGGAUAGAUUGCUGCACAUCCCUGAAGAUUCUGUUCCUUGCAAAAUUCGUGCCAAGUGUGGUUGUGCUACUCAUCCUCGCAGCAUUGCAGAAAGGAAUCUGAAUACGGAACUUGAAAACUGCAAAUGUGGAUGUAAGAAAUCAAGUCAAUAA